UUUUUUUACAAUAUAUUAUUGAUAUUUUGUGUUCAACUGAAGUAAGAAACUCAAACCGCUUUAGAUCAAGUAAAGGGUGAGUAAACGAUCACAGAAUUUUCAUUUUUAGAUGAACUGCCUCUUUAAAGUUGCAUAGUUACAAGUUCUAGUUGACCGUUUUAGGGAACUAAGAUAUGAUGUGAUAUUUAAGUCUCUCUCUUGCUCAUUCCUGUUUGCGUCACAGUGACAGAACCUCAGCUUUAGCCUGACGCUUCAUGAGGCUUUGACUUCCUGUAUUUGCUUUUAUUUUUAUUUUUUUGCGUCGAGUAGGUUUCAUGACAUUGCGUUGUACAUGUGAGAGACAUUUCAAAGGAACUCCUAAUCAACACAGCCAGCGAUAGAAGCGGACGAUGGCAGCGAUGGUGGCUAACAGACUUGGUUGUUUAUCAGUUCUUGUUGUGCUGCUGACUUUAAGCAGCAUGGUCACCUCAAGAUCUCUUAGGAUGAAAAGAGAUAUCAGUUCCAACAUAACAUCUACAUACGCCAAUGAAACGCAAAGCCCAUCAACCGUAGCUGAAGAAAAAAUGACCACCACAAUCGAAACUCCAGUACAGACAGUUAAUGUAACACCCAAAUCAGUUACAAAUUACCGCCAUACUCCAGACUUGAACCACACCCAACAAAUAACAUCUGCAGGAACCGAGAACCUGACUGUCUACCCACCGGCAGAGAAGAUUAGUUUGCACACCCAACUUCCCACAACAAAUAACAGCACUGGACACACUGCGCAAGGAGGAAGCUCUGCACCCACAUUUCCUGCGGCAUCGGAGCCUAGUAAGGUAACAGAAAAGCCUACAACCACGUAUGAGACUUCAUCUCAUGUCUCUAUGACAUCUAGAAAGUCAAGCACUGUAACAACCCACUCGUGUGCCACUGCCUCUUCUAAGCAAAACGGCCUUGUGGGUCGCUGUCUCAUCGCCAUUGCCUCAAUGGCCGCUCUGACCACCAUCUUCAUCAUCAGCACCAUCUGCUUGGCUACAAAGCUCUCGGCGUACAGAUACAGGCACAAGGCGCAUCUUCUCCAGGAGACCGAGAUGGUUUGUAUUUCUGCUCUGAUGAACGAUACCGAUCACCCAGUUCCAAAACCAAGACGACACCCUAAAAGUAACGGAGCGUUGAUUCCGAAUGCUGAGGAUGGAGAUCCUGAUGGAGAUGACCUGACUUUGAACAGCUUUCUUCCUGAUAUCGAAGGCCCUCUUUAGAGGAACAGAGCUUUAUUUUCCUUUAAGGACCAAGAGUUUGCUGAUGGGGGACAGAAAUGUUUACUCUCUAACACUGUGGUUUUGUCGAGAUGGUGUUGGUGCACACUUAAUGAAGAUGAAUGAUGAAAUGCCUGGCUUUGAACUGCUAUUUUAUAGUUGGUUGAGCAGUAUUAAGCUUGGUAGAGACAUGAGACGUCCUGUUUUGAUGUGUCAAAAUAUUGUGUAGCAGAUGUAUUUAUGCAAGCACGGUCAUAUUCAACACAAUCUCACGGCAAUUCGGAACUUUUUGAUUUAGUGGCUAAUUAGUAUGAAUUCGUACGAUCUAAUUCGUACAUUUUAGUACGAUUUGCUCAUCCCCCAAUGACGGUUGGGUUUAGGGGUGGGGUUAGAUGCCACACCUCCUUUUUAAAAUCAGACAAU